UGGGGGCGGCUCGGUGUCUACGCAGCUGGCCUCGGGAACCUGCCACACCAGUGGCCCGCGUGCCAGGAAGGGGAGGCCUGCUUUGGAGUCUCUCUGAGGCUUUAUUUUGAAUCUCUGGGACUCGCAGAUGUAGGUUGGAGAAAGUAGGGGCCAUUCCGGUCAGACGAGAGGGGAAGCGAGACCCAGAGAAGACCCCGUGGGGAAGUGGAGGCUUUCUAGGACAGUGAGAGCCGGAUUUGAGAACAUGAAUGAAGCAUUGUUCUUUCUAGUUCGCGUGCAGGAGUUAGCAUGUAAAUCAGACCGCAAAGACCAGGUGACGGGACAGACGAUGGGCCGAGGGCUGUUGUUCGGAGGAGGCCACAAAUACAGGAUAUAGGCUUUCUAGGUGGAGAAGGGAGCCAAUGGCAAGGAGUUUAAGGUAGAGCUUGCAGGACUUAGUGCUGAGUUGGAGGCGAAGUGUUUGGGAGAAGGAGGAACCAAGGACUUACUAAAGGAAGAUAGUUUGGAAAGUAACAUCCGGAGUUGUCAUUUGAACAAACUAAGUUGGAUGACAACAGCAACACGACAAGAAGUUCUUGGCCUCUACCGCAGCAUUUUCAGGCUCGCGAGGAAGUGGCAGGCGGCAUCAGGGCAGAUGGAAGACACCAUUAAGGAAAAACAGUACAUACUAAAUGAAGCCAGAACGCUGUUCCAGAAAAACAAAAAUCUCACGGACCCAGACCUGAUUAAACAAUGUAUAGAUGAAUGCACAGCCAGGAUUGAAAUUGGACUUCAUUACCAGAUUCCUUACCCAAGGCCAAUUCACCUACCUCCAAUGGGCCUCACCUCCCUUCGAGGCCGGGGACUUCGAAGCCAAGAGAAACUGAGGAAACUCUCCAAACCAGUGUAUCUCAAGUCUUAUGAUGAAGUUUCCUAAUCCAGAAGGAAGUUUAUUUCUGAGAAUGAUGAGCCAACAUGAUCUUGAAUGUAAACCAGAUGUCAAAACCCAUCUCCUUAACCAGGGGCAAAAAUCCAAGUGUCUUCUUAAGAUGUGUAAAACUUUGUGCUUAUUAUACAUCCAUAGAGUUUGUCAGAGUCUUGCUGCCUGAGUGGAUGACAUUAACCUGGAGGUCAGGGGCCUUAAGCGCCCUGAAAACACUGUUGGAGAUAAGACUAAGUCCUGUGGGAGGAAGGAUGAGAGUGAUGGAGCUUCUCACGGGAAUGCUGUUCACCGACAGACCAGCUGAUGCAAACUGCUGAAAGUCCUCAUGACUGCUAUAAAACUGCAUGCCACCCUCGGAAUGUUUUUAAACUUUUUUUUUUUCCAAGUUAAAGAUUUGCGUAAAAGUAGGGUUUUCUGAGUGUGCUCUUUGAUUCCCCUUAAAAGGGGCAUCACUGAAUUGACUGUAGUUUCUCAAAGAAUUUUUAUAUGAACCAUUCCUCCCCCAUACACAUAAAGAAAAGUACAUGUCAUAGUUAAAUUGCAUAUGGUUAUCUUAAAGAUGCACUUAAGAUCUGUAAAGCUCACUUGAAACUCAUACUGCAUUCAUUCUGAAUGUUUUACCUUAACAUAAUUAAAAAUACAAGGCCCCAGUUGGCUUUCAGAUUAUGUCUAAACACAAGUGAGACAGAUAGAUCAAAACACAAAGAAUUUACAGCCCUGCAUGUAUGGAGUCAGAGUCCCUUGUCGAGUCAUUUGUGCAUCAGUGUCAUUUCCUCUUACCUCCAAAGAGGAUGGGCAUCACCAAUAAAGACAAAUCUCUAUUAA